ACGAACAAAAAACUUUUUACAUCAAGCUGGAGUGUGGGUUCUGAGGGCCUGCGUACAUGUAGGUUUACAUGAGCUAAAGACACAAAGAAGGAUUUUCUUUUUUUAAAACAGAUCAGUUUGAAAGGAUGGUGGCAAACGUACUGAUCAUGCUGAUGAUAAAGAUGGCAGCAGCUUCCAUGCCUGGCUCUGAAACGGACCUUAAACAUGGAUAUGGAGCUGGUUUUCCAGAACUGAUCCAAAACCCAUGCCACCCGGUGGGAUUUGGAGUCAGAGCGAUUCCUCCCAACAUUUCCAGCAACACCUGGUGCCUGGUAGUGAAGCAGACGCAGAUCAGAGAGAUCCAGCAGCGUUCCUUCGCCAACCUGCAUCACCUCAGAAAGCUUGUCAUCCUGCAGAACAACAUUCUGCAGAGCAUCGGUGCAUCUGCCUUUGCCGGUCUGCCUCGGCUCUCUGACGUCUGCAUUUCUGAAAAUCUCUCUUUAGAGACGAUAAAAGCUUUCGCUUUCUCCGAUCUCCCAGAGCUCGCUGAAAUAGAGAUAACCAAAUCCAAACACCUGAGAUCCAUUCAUCCAGAUGCUUUCAGGAACAUCGUGAACCUUCGGCGUCUAACUAUCUCCAACACCGGGCUGCGAAUCUUUCCAGACCUCUCCAAGAUCCAGUCUGCAGCCCGAGGUUUUCUGUUUGACCUCCAGGACAACAUCAACAUAGAAACUGUCCCUGCCAAUGCCUUCAGAGGCCUCUGCACAAAACCAAUCGAGGAAAUACGGCUCACCAGAAAUGGCAUCAAGGAGGUGGCGAGUGACGCCUUCAACGGAACAAAGAUGUACAGAUUGCUUCUGAGUGGAAACAAGCAGCUUGCUCACAUCAGCCCCGAUGCCUUUGUGGGUUCCAGUGAGUUGGUGGUGCUGGACGUCUCUCAGACGGCUGUCAGCUCUCUGCCGGACUCCAUCCUUGGCGGUCUGAAGAAGCUGUUCGCAGAAUCUGCUUAUCGCCUCAAAGAGCUUCCUAUUGUACAGCGCUACACAAAACUCCACAUAGCCAAACUGACAUAUUCUUCACACUGCUGCGCCUUCAAAAACAUGCACAGAAACAGAUCGAAGUGGACCUCUAUGUGUAGCCACCCUGAGGCGAAAACCAUCCCGGCCUUCUUCAGGGAGCACUGCUCUAACUCCACGUCCGUCUCCUGCAGCCCAGCACCUGACAACUUUAAUCCGUGUGAGGACAUAAUGUCCCCCAUCCUCCUGCGGAUCCUCAUCUGGAUCAUCUCUGUCCUCGCACUGCUUGGCAAUGCAGUGGUUCUACUGGUGCUGUUAGGCAGUCGCUCCAAGUUGACGGUUCCUCGUUUUCUCAUGUGCCACUUGGCCUUCGCUGACCUCUGCAUGGGCAUUUACCUGCUAGUGAUCGCCACCGUCGACAUGCUCACUCACGGCCGCUACUACAACCACGCCAUUGACUGGCAGACAGGCUUCGGCUGCAAAGCUGCAGGGUUUUUCACGGUGUUUGCCAGUGAGCUGUCAGUUUUCACACUAACAGCCAUUACUGUGGAGCGUUGGCACACCAUCAGCAACGCUAUGCGGCUCGACCGCAAACUUCGCCUGAGGCACGCCUGCAUCAUCAUGACAACUGGGUGGAGCUUCUCCUUGCUGGCUGCAUUGCUGCCCACAGUGGGUGUCAGCAGCUACAGCAAAGUGAGUAUCUGCCUGCCAAUGGAUGUGGAGUCCGUGGUUUCCCAGGUCUACGUUGUUUCUCUACUGGUCCUUAACAUCCUGGCCUUCUUCUGCGUUUGCGGUUGUUACCUCAGCAUCUACUUGACCUACCGCAAACCCUCGUCAGCGCCUGCUCAUGCCGACACCCGAGUGGCUCAACGCAUGGCUGUGCUCAUCUUCACCGACUUUGUCUGCAUGGCGCCCAUCUCCUUCUUCGCUGUCUCCGCCGCCCUCAAGCUCCCUCUCAUCACCGUCUCAGAAGCGAAGCUCCUGCUGGUUCUUUUCUACCCCAUCAACUCAUGCUCAAACCCCUUCCUGUACGCCUUCUUCACCCACACCUUCCGACGGGAUUUUUUCCUCCUCACAGCUCGCUUCGGCCUAUUUAAGACCCAAGCCCAAAUUUACCGGACAGAGACCUCAUCCUGCCAGCAGCCGACAUGGACCUCGCCAAAGAGCAGCCGUGUCAUUUACUCCUUGGCCAAUACGUUGAGUCUGGAUGGGAAACAGGAGUUCUGAUUGUCACUAAAGUAAUCACAGUUAAAGACUUUCAAUUAAUGGUUCUUUUUUUUCCCCUCGCAGAAGCCAAAGACCAUUUGAUAAAGAAAUGUUUAAAAGCAAUGUGGCACUUUAUAACGGAA